CAAUGUCAAAUAAUACUUCAAUAACGUCAUGUGAAUGUCAAUAAUAUUGACUAAACUAGUUAAUUUUCCGAAUUGCACUACUUGUAGAAGUAUUUUAUUAAUAAAAUUCAUUAUAAUUUUGUUAAAAUUACAAAAUGAAAUGUCAUGUACCAGGCCCUAAUGUAAAAGUUUUAGCUAGAACUGUUCACGCUCUUGCAAGAUUUGGUGAUGAACUUUACCUAGAAUCUCUUCCGGACUGUAUACUAUUAAGAACUUUAAAUGCAGCUGAAUCUGCCUAUGCUAUGGUAAAAUUUAAUAAGAACUUCUUUUCUUACUUUAACUACAACUAUUAUUCCACUGAAGAUAAUGAAGGACUGAAGUGUAAAAUAUCUAUGAAAUCGGCGCUUAAUACCUUCAAGUCCCCUACACACAUAGACAAGCAAGUUGAAAAUCUAGAAAUCAAACUAGAUCCUGAGUCCUGUAAGUUAAUAUUCCAGUUGAAGUGCAGACAUGGCAUUGUCAAAACACAUUUCGUAUCAAUAUUAGAUUGUAAAGCUAUGCAGGCAGUUUACACAAAAGAUACUGUACCAAACAGGAUCACCUCUCCCCAGAGAAUACUAUCAGAUGCUCUCAACAAUUUCCAAAGCUCAGACGAUCAAGUGACUCUUGAAGCAACCUCAAUGUCUCUCAUAUUACGAAACUACAUAGACUGUAGCGCAGAUCUGACAAAAAUUAUUCGAACACAGAUUAGCUUGAAGCCUGCAGAAUUUGAUAGCUACAUGAUAGGAACAGAAACAGUCAUUACAUUCUCACUAAAGGAGUUCAGAGCAUUGCUCACAUUCUCUGAAGCUCUUAAUUUGCCCCUACAGCUCCAUUUUGAAACUACUGGAAGACCUGCAGUUUUUAUUGUACAUAAUGGAACUACAUUUGAAGCACACUUUGUGUUAGCCACUACUAAAGCUGAUAAUGCAUCCCAAACUACAACCACACAGAAUACUAACAUAGAAAGGAGCAAACGAAAAGACACAAGUGGUACCCAAGGAUCUGCUAAGAAAAAGCCUCAUCUAGACCCUGACAUAUCAAAGUGUUUAGAUGAAGACUCACAUUUAUUUAAUUUUGUAGAUAUACCGGGUGAUAAUGAAAUAAUUUUAAGUAAUAAGUUAAAUGGUAAUCAUAGUAUAAACAAAGAUAAGACUGUGAAUGAUCUAAUGGACUGUGAUAACAUUCCUGCUUCACCCGCUGCCAGGACAAUGAUUAAAUCUGUGUUCAAAAGGUGUUUUGAAAGCACAUUCGAUCCAAGAAGCAUUCAAGGUGCAGUACUAGCAGAGAAUUCAGACAGUGACUAACAUGCGAACUGUACAUUUGAUAAGAAUAAACAGGAAUUCCAUUGUUACCAAAGUUAAAAA